CACGCAAGCUACCACAUAAAUAUAGUAGUGAAAAACCGAAGAAAUAUCGAGAGAAUAAAGUGCAACCAAACGAAAGCAAUACGGAAAGGCGUCCCCAGUGAGUUUUAGUAACUAGAACCUAGAGCCGCAAGUGCAAUUCAUAAGCGAUAACCGACGGAGGUGGAAGAUACGAGUAUAAUUGCCAUAAUGACACCAUCGCCGACCAAGGAACUCAUGAGUGCCACACCGACGAUUUCUCGUCGUCCGCGCGAGGAGUUCGCCGAGAAGGGCGCCAUUAUAAGAGAGGUUGAAGAUGGAGUUCGUUGUGAGCAAUGUAAAUCAGAUUGCCCAGGCUUUGCAGCGCAUGAUUGGAGGAAAACCUGCCAGUCCUGCAAAUGUCCUCGCGAGGCGCAUGCCAUCUACCAGCAACAGACGACCAACGUGCACGAGCGGCUCGGCUUCAAGUUGGUCUCUCCGGCGGAUUCCGGAGUGGAGGCGCGGGAUCUGGGCUUCACGUGGGUGCCGCCCGGUGCACGUGCCUCUACGCGGAUCAACCGCUACUUCGAGCAGCUGCCCGACGAACUGGUGCCCCGGCUGGGCAGCGAGGGCGCCUGCAGCCGGGAGCGCCAGAUCUCGUACCAGCUGCCCAAACAGGACCUCUCGCUGGAGCACUGCAAGCACCUGGAGGUGCAGCACGAGGCAUCCUUCGAGGACUUUGUGACGGCGCGAAACGAAAUCGCACUGGACAUAGCCUACAUCAAGGAUGCCCCCUACGAUGAGCAUUGUGCGCACUGUGAUAACGAGAUAGCCGCCGGCGAACUAGUUGUGGCGGCGCCCAAGUUCGUGGAGAGCGUGAUGUGGCACCCCAAGUGCUUCACCUGCAGCACCUGCAACUCGCUCCUCGUGGACCUCACCUACUGCGUCCACGACGACAAGGUCUACUGCGAGCGCCACUAUGCGGAAAUGCUGAAGCCCCGCUGCGCUGGCUGUGAUGAGUUGAUUUUCAGUGGCGAGUACACAAAAGCCAUGGACAAGGACUGGCACUCCGGACACUUCUGCUGCUGGCAGUGCGACGAGAGCCUCACCGGACAGCGUUACGUCAUCCGGGACGACCAUCCGUACUGCAUCAAGUGCUACGAGAACGUGUUCGCCAAUACGUGCGAGGAGUGCAACAAGAUCAUUGGCAUCGACUCCAAGGAUCUGUCCUACAAAGACAAGCACUGGCACGAGGCCUGCUUCCUGUGCUUCAAGUGCCACCUGUCGCUGGUGGACAAGCAGUUUGGCGCCAAGGCGGAUAAGAUCUACUGUGGAAACUGCUACGAUGCCCAGUUCGCGUCCCGUUGCGAUGGCUGCGGCGAAGUUUUCCGCGCAGGUACCAAGAAGAUGGAGUAUAAGACCAGGCAGUGGCACGAGAACUGCUUCUGCUGCUGCGUCUGCAAGACGGCCAUCGGGACCAAGUCCUUCAUCCCGCGGGAGCAGGAGAUCUACUGCGCCGGCUGCUACGAGGAGAAGUUCGCCACGCGCUGCAUCAAGUGCAAUAAGGUCAUCACCUCGGGAGGUGUUACCUACAAGAACGAGCCGUGGCAUCGCGAGUGCUUCACCUGCACCCACUGCAACAUCACGCUAGCUGGCCAGCGAUUCACCAGCCGCGACGAGAAGCCCUACUGUGCCGAGUGCUUCGGCGAGCUGUUUGCCAAACGCUGCACGGCCUGUGUGAAGCCCAUAACAGGCAUUGGCGGCACACGCUUCAUCUCGUUUGAGGAUCGCCACUGGCACCACGACUGCUUCGUGUGUGCCAGCUGCAAGGCUAGUCUGGUGGGUCGCGGCUUCAUCACCGACGGACCCGAUAUCCUGUGCCCCGAUUGUGCCAAGCAGAAGCUGAUGUAAGCCAUCUGCAAUGAGUCAGGAUGUGGGAGAGCUGUGGAGCAGCAAGCUUAAAUUAGCCAUAAACAAAUUCAACGAAAUUAUGGAUCAAAUCAGAGGGAUACAAGUGGAAAAGAGGAUGGAAAGAGGAAUAUACGCAGAUGUAUUAAACGAUAUACAAGAGAUGAUAAUGCCUUACACUUACAUUAGAUAUGAGAAAAUUAGCUGAAGCUGGAGAUGAUGAGUCCUACUAAAUCAAAAGCAAAUCAAAUUUUGUAAACUUCAAGUCGAUAGAGUUAGCUAAAAUCUACGGUAACUUUGCUUUAUCUUCACGCGAGUAGAGCAGCACAUCAGAUUGUAUAGAAACUUAUUAUUUGUAAUUGCAUUUCAGAACGAAAUCAAAAUCACUAAACAACAAAACAAAAAAAUGGAAAAACCCAAAAAAAUCAAUAUGAAAUACUGAUCCAAUUGUAACUAUUGUUGCCACAUUGAAAAAUGUAUGUUUAUUUAUUUAUUUUAAGUUUUAACCAAGCGACGAGCGAGUCGAACGCGAUGAAAGUUUCCUAACCGCUGGUUUCAGUUCUAAACAGUUCUAUUGUAUUAAAAACCACACACGAUUUAUGUUUGAUACAUUAUACAUUAUUAUCAUGUUUAUUAAACAGCAACAAAAGGAACACGCACACAGACACAAGUCCUAGCAAUUUAAUUGUUUAGUUUAUAUUAUUUUCGUUACGAUCCCUUCGUCCGUUUAGCUAUGUUAGAGACUCCGCUUACUUAAAGCACUAAAUACACACACAAAUAAUAAUGAUAAUUGCGACACAACAUUAUAUCAAUGUCCUUAACUAUUUAAUGAAAUUCAAUCUAAAUAAAUUAAUAAAUUAUCAACGAAAA